AUGGCGUAUGAGGUGGUGGACGACAAAGGGCGCCUCCUAUGCAGGAGCGGCGGCGUCGGCACCGGCGGCAAGGGGACGUGUGACCCAGCAGUAGCUCCAUGCGGCGGCCCCAGCACCGCUGGUACCACCUGCGUAGAGCAGCAGCGCGGCCGCGCGGCCGGCGGCGCCGCGGCCCCCCUGGCUAAUCUGUCGUGGCUGGACCGCCUGCUGCCUGCCUGGAUCAUCGGGUCGAUGGUCGUAGGCGUCCUGCUGGGCAACUUCGUGCCGGGCAUCAGCAAGGCCCUGGCUGUGGCACACAUCGCCGAAGUGUCGCUGCCCAUAGCCCUGGGCCUGUGGCUCAUGAUGUGGCCCGUGCUGACUAAGGUCCGCUACGAGCUGCUGACCCAGCUCCUUGGCCGCCGGUCAACCCUGGUCAACUUCGCCGUCAGCUUCGCCCUAAACUGGCUGCUGGGCCCCGCGCUGAUGACCGGCCUGGCGUGGGCCGGGCUGCCUGACCUGCCGCGGUUCCGCAAUGGCGUAAUCAUGGUGGGGCUGGCGCGCUGCAUCGCCAUGGUGCUCAUCUGGAACCAGGGCCACGGCACCGCUGCUACCCGUGACAUGAUUCAUCGUUGGCACCCUUUGCCGGUUACACCCUCGGGCGACAUCGCGACACACAUGUUUGCUCGCAUCAAACUCUGA